CACAUACUGAUAGUUUGCAUAUACUAUAUACGUAUUGCUUUCUCUUUUUAUAUAUAGAUGUACAGUGAUAGCUACAAAAGGAUGGGAGAAAACAACACAUCCUGCUGCUGUCUCUCUUCUUCUUUUCCAUGGUUUGCAUGAGAGACAUUUUCAAAGAGAUAUAUAUGCAGAAAAAAUGCCCAGAGAAGCAAGCCAUGCCUAGAUUACUAAGACAGUGACUUUGAAAAUCACCCAUCAUCAUUUUCAUUUCCUUUUGCCCUUUUCUGAUUGAUUAUCUUGUGCUGCCCGUUUGAUAUGAUCUUUCCACAGGUGGGAUUGAGCUUAUCUUGGGCGGUUUUUGUUCCACCUGUUGGUUUCGGUUUAAGGGCCUUAAAGAGGGUUUGUUACGAGGAGGGUUUUUGAAAAAAGACAGCUUUUUUGUGGCUGUAAGGAUUCGAACAAAGUUGGAAGUAGUGGGUGCCUGUUUUUGUCUGGUUGUAUAAAUUUUCUGUGUUGGACUUGCUCUUCUGCUUCCUCAAAAAGGUCAUGUUUCCAGCAGUGAUGCCUAAUUCAACCUGUGUCUCUGAGGAACCUAGCAGCAAUAUGUCUUCUGGCCCUAGGGUUCAAGACUUUGGUAGCCUUAAUUCAUUAAUGCUGCAGAAUUCAUUAUCAGUUCCUAAUCAGCAGCCGCAGAAAACCAAGAAGAAGAGGAAUCUGCCAGGAAAUCCAGACCCUGAUGCUGAAGUGAUUGCUUUAUCUCCAAAGACUCUUUUGGCCACAAACAGAUUUGUUUGUGAGAUCUGCAACAAGGGUUUUCAGAGAGAUCAAAAUCUUCAACUUCACAGAAGAGGACACAAUCUUCCAUGGAAACUGAAGCAAAGAAACAGCAAAGAGAACAGAAAGAGAGCGUAUGUUUGCCCAGAGCCCACAUGUCUUCAUCACCAUCCUUCAAGGGCUUUGGGUGAUCUGACAGGGAUCAAGAAACACUACUGCAGGAAACAUGGGGAGAAGAAAUGGAAAUGUGAGAAAUGCUCAAAGAUUUAUGCUGUUCAAUCAGAUUGGAAAGCCCACUCUAAAACCUGUGGAACAAGAGAGUAUAGAUGUGACUGUGGAACCCUUUUCUCCAGGAAGGAUAGCUUCGUCACCCAUAGAGCAUUUUGUGAUGCGUUAGCUGAAGAAAGUGCCAGACUCUCCGCCGCCACAAAUUCAAUCUUUCUCCCAAACCCUAAUAAUUUCACCACCACCACCACCCAACCCUUCCAUUUCAACCCCCCAUUGCCGCCGCCACCGUCGCUCCUCCCCUUCUCCUCCCACCACCGCCACGGUUUCCUUCGUAACCCGUUGGACCCACCACCCCAAAACCUUGAUCCCAAUUCCCAUUCGGAAAACCAAGCCCACAUCAAACAUGAAGCCCUCCAUCUAAUUCCCACCAGCUCCCCACUACUCUGCCAGGAUUUCUCACCCUUGUGCCGGAACCUCCAUGUCAGCACUAGCCAGCUGCCUCCACUCUCAGCCACAGCGCUCCUCCAAAAGGCGGUCAGUCUGGGCGCAGUGGGUCAUGCAGGCUCCACCAUGGCCCAUCUGGACAUGCACGUUGCUUCUGCAUGGCAGAAGAGUGAUGAUAGGUUCACCAGGGAUUUUCUUGGGCUGACCGGAGACCAAUGCGGCAGUAGUGGCAACAGCGGUGGCAGCGGCAAUGGGAAUAUGAAAGAAGUGGUAUCAUUCAGGCGGGGGGGAGUUGAGUUUCCAGUAUAUGAAGGCGGUCAUAAUUCAGUGCUGAAGCAUCAUGGAUUAAUUGGAUUUACUGAAACCUGCACAGACUGGGGCAAUUGCUGAACAUACACAAAACUCAAAAGCAAAGGGCAAAAGACGCAACAGCUCUCCAUGUCUACUUUGUAUCAUGAUCAGUUCCAUGACAAGAACGUUUUCGUUGUGUUUUUCCAUUAUCCAAGUUGGUGUUUGAUAUACUUAUGCAUAAUUGAUGAAUUUCUUCGUUGUUUAACUAUC